CAAUUUUUUGCAUAUGAAACAGAGACACAUUAAGACAAUCCGAAAUGGACACGGGGAAAACACAAGCUUGCACAGGUUUCGCGAAAUCAUUCAAUCUCCUCAAAAAUUUACCCUAUUUCCGUGAAUAACAUAUUUAUAAAGGGGAAACUAACACUUUAUGCAUUAGUAUGAGUAUUACAUGAAUCAAUAAUCAACAUUGUUACGGCGAAUUUGGUCGAGAUGAAAAAGUAUGUCUGGUUUGUUUGCUUCUUGUUUGAUUUGUGUUUUGCAGAGAAUGGAGCUGGAUGCUGUGGAAAUAUAGGUGUCGAUGGCCUUUGUAGUAAAUGCUGCCAGAAUUAUUACAAUUCUGACGGAUUGUGCAAAGUAUGUCCGAUUGGGUUUUUUGGUGACAAGUGCGACACAGAGUGUGCAUACCCAUGGUAUGGAGUGCAAUGUGGGUUUAAAUGUGAAUGUACCGAUCCUGACUGCCACCCAGCUCUUGGAUGCCAAAACAAGGGUUUUAGAGAAACAUCGACGGGAGAUCUGCAAAAGAGAACAUCAUAUAUUACACAGAGCUAUCGACAGAGAACAACAAAUAGUAGAAGAAUCAUCGCCGAGACUACUUUAAGUUCUUUAGAAAAACAAGUGAAUUCUACUGUUGCACGACACGUAACACCAAUAUAUACAGAUAAACCUACUUCAGCAGUCCAUGGAAAUGACCAGACUUCUACCGAAGCGCUCUGGUUGGUGUCUGUCGUGAAAAUCCUUGGAUAUACCCUCGGAGUUAGCCUUUUGGUAAUUCUGGGACUGGUUUGUCUCUUCAUAUGUAAAAGAAGACGAGAAGGCGCGAUAGGUAAAUUGCUAAAUAUUUCACAAGCUGAACAUGAAUUAAGGCUUCAGCAAAAUGUGGACGGUGUAGCAGACAUCGCUAGGAACAGCAUGAACGGUUCUUCACUUUAUCAAGGUCUCUCAGAGAUUUCUCAUCUAAGACGAGCAGACGACAAAGGCAGGAAGGAAUCGGUCGGUAAAUCCACAAACACGUACAUGGAGCCGAUAUCACGAGAAGGAGUUGACACCGAGACGUCCGUUGACAACCCAUCUUAUAUUGAUGUAACCUUAACAGACGGUGUUCAAUCAUAAGCUUUGAUGUGUAAGGCUCCAGAAAACUUUUACAUGAAUGACGCUUAAUUACUAUUCUGUGGUUGUUGUCGUAAACUAUGACUACGUAUUAUGAUAUUUAAGAAUGGAAUCUGAGACAGUAAGGUUAAUUUGAUAAAUAUAGAUUUGGAAAAUAUAAAAAAAGAGAAAAUUACACCUCAGACUGGAGCAGAAAUGUUUCAUUGGCACUGGUAUAUUUAUCUUGCACAGUAGGGUUUGUUUGUUUUUUAACAAUAUAAGGAGAGACAUAAAUAGCAGAGAUUGGCAACUGAUCGAAAUCUCGCGAAAUCUCGCGUUCCCUAUUGUAAAAUAUUCCUAUUUUAAAUCAGUAUAUCUUUCUAAUAAACAAAUGAUUAUAUCGAAAUAUAAACAGCUAAACCCUAUUACCGAAACAUUCAAAAUAUUAUAUUUUCAUGAGUUUAUGUCUAAUAAAUUAAACAAUAUAAAAAUGAGUUUUAGGAGGCAGUUGGCUACCCAGCGUCCGAGAAUUCGUCGAUGUUUUAAAGCUGGCCUAUAUAUUUUCUAUAUAUCAAUCUUAUUUUUCAAUUUUUUGUCUCAAAAACGUCUAAAACCUGUGUAUUUUUCAUGAAAAAAUAUACCUGUACUUUUGGUUUAAGAUCAUUAUCUCAGGUUAUUAAUAUGUAGUUCGCAAAGUAAGAUUGGUCUAGUAACAUUUUUUCAAAGAAA